ACAUCUUCAGAGCAUUCGAAGCAGGUGAUUUCAGACAUCAAGCAAGAGAGACGUCAGAGAACAUGCUUUCUCUGUACAAAGGAGAAGGUGCAAAUAAAAUCGAACCAGAGACAGAUCUGACUCGCUGGCGACUGAGCACAGUGGAAGGACGGCAGAAGUGGUAUUACGUGCCCGAAAAUGAGGAAUGUGCCAGGGAACAGAACGCACUUGAAGCAUAUACUUUAGGGCUAAAUACAAGUAAAUUUUUUCCAGAGUUGCCCAAAGCCAGCACGGCCCAGGAAGCAGUGCUGAAAGCAAUUAAGUUUUUUUCAGGUCUACAAGCUGAAGAUGGCCAUUGGCCUGCCGAAUGUUCUGGCGUGCUCACCCUUGCUCCAGGUCUUUUGAUUGCAUGCUAUGUUUCUAAGAUUUCCCUGCCAGAAGAGAUAAAGAAAGAAAUACUACGAUAUAUACGUUCAAGACAGCUUCCGGAAGGUGGCUGGGGUCUCCAUCUCAGGGAGCAACAACCAACCAUUUUUGGCACAGCCCUCAACUAUAUAGCUAUGCGAAUCCUUGGAUAUGGACCUGACCAUCCAGAUAUAGUGAGGGCUCGAAUCUCUCUCCAUAAAAAAGGUGGAGCUCUUGGAGCCCCACAUUUGGGGAAAGUGUGGCUGGCUAUUAUGAAUGUGUACAGCUGGGAGGGAAUGAAUGCACCGUUUCCUGAAUUGUGGCUGUUACCUACCUGGGUGCCAGGCCAUCCCUCUACUUAUUGGUGCCAUGCCCGCCAUAUUUUGCUUGCAACGACCUACUGCCAACUCAACCGCCUGAGUGCAGAAGAAGAUGAACUGGUCCGGAGUCUCAGUGAGGAUGUGCUGACCACUGCUUUUAAACAAGCUCAAAAAUCACCUUGCACUGGCAAGCAACUGAGGAAAGGGAAUUAUCGCCUUCUGCUCAAGCCCUAUGAACUUUCCUAUUCCCUCUUCAAUUUGUACGAUAGAUACCACCUCACCAGUCUCAGAAAGAAAGCCACCGCUGAGAUCUAUGAACAAAUCAAGGCAGAUGAUAUAUUCUCAAACUCUACUAAUUCUAGCCCGAUCUGCAAACCCUUCCAUGUGUUGAUCUCAUGGCACGUGGAUGGUCCCAAUUCUGCAGCCUUUCAAGAGCAUGUCUCCAGAAUCUAUGAUUAUCUUUGGCUGACAGACGAAGGUAUAAUAAUGAAGGUGAUGGGAUCUCAAACCUGGGAUGCUACAUUUACAGUUCUGGGUUUUCUAGAGGCUGGUGUCCACAAUGACCCUGAGUACAAUACUUGUCUGAAAAAAGCUCAUUCAUUUUUGAAAUGUUCUCAGAUUGUAGAUAAUCCACCCAACUACCAGAGAUACUAUCGUCAAAUGAACAAGGGAGGAUUCCCCUUCAGCAAUCGGGACAACGACUGGAUAGUCAGUGACUGCACUGCUGAAGCAAUUAAGGCAUUGAUGUUACUUGAAGAACAAUGUCCUUUUAUAGAAGAUCACAUAGCUCCACAACGUCUCUUUGAUGGCAUCAAUGUGCUCCUGAACAUGACAAAUUCUGAUGGUGGCUUUUCCUCUUAUGAAACCAGACGAGGAAGCUGGAUAUUAGAGGCCAUAAACUGUGCAGAGACCUAUGCUGACUGUAUGGUAGAUCACACCUAUAUUGAGUGUACCUCAUCCGUAAUGCAGGUAUUGAAACUUUUCCAGAAGAAAUUCCCAGAUCACCGGACAGAGGAAAUCAGUGAUACUCUCCAUAAGGCCCUGCAGUAUUGUCGUAAUACACAGAAAGCAGAUGGAUCUUGGCUAGGGAGAUGGGGUGUGUGUUUCACAUAUGGCACCUGGUUUGCAUUGGAAGCAUUUGCGUGUUUGGGAUACACUUACCAUAAUGGACUGGCAUGCAACGAAGUGACCAGGGCCUGUGCCUGGCUGGUCUCCAAACAAAUGAAAGAUGGCGGUUGGGGAGAAGAAUUUGAAUCCUACAAGUUUCGCAAAUAUAUUCAGCAUACCAUUUCCCAGGUCCACCAAACUGCGUGGGCUCUGUUGGGGCUGAUGGCUGUUAGGUAAGUGCAAAGACCUAACAGUGUUUCUUUUAGGGAACCCUGAUGUGGAGGAAAAGCUAAUAUAUAUCAAGGAACACAAAUUAGGCCUAGGCCAGAGGUCUCCAAACUUGGCCACUUUAAGACUUGUGAACUUC